AUGGGUGUGCAGAGUGUUACUGAGGGUAUGAUUGCCGGCGCUGCUAUAUUGGCAUGUUUCUUGUUAACGCACGAUACCGAGCUCACUGCGACCGGAGCAGAGACGAAGAUUGAUUACCAGAAGGAUUACGACUUCUAUCUGGAACACUUAUUCAAAAGCUCUCCAUGGGCAAUUGGUGUGAUGGAAUACUUCAAUAAGGAAGUUUUCACCACCCGUGCAGCGCUAUCAAGUGCACCCGCAUCCAUUGUACCCUCUGCCUCCAUCCCUCGCACCUGGGAAGAUGACCUAUUGGAGGAAUUGGAUAAUCCUGUUGCUCGUGCACCCUCGCCGACUCUUCCUGUUUUCUGUGCACCCUCGCCGGCUCUUUCCAAUCUCUCUGCUCUUUCUGCAGUGCCUGCAGGUCCUAUCACCCAGGAUGACUGUAUCAUUGUCUCAACAUCAAUGUCAAUCAGCCAGCCAUGUGCCGGCAUGUCUUCUACGCAGCUACAGGUGGAUGUUAGUCAGCUAUCACUAACUGAUCGUGAUUCUUUGGCAGCACAGACUGAACCAGCAGGUGGAAAAGCACGGUGUCGGGGUUGUAUUUCAGCUCAGCCUGUCCCUGCUGCUGUACCAGAUGUUCCGAAACCCAAACACAUUAGCGCACGCAGCAAGAAACCAACAAUGAGGUGA